ACUGCUUCUACAAACAUUUGUGAAAGAAUGGGCAGGCUGUAAUCCCAAGUAGAAUGCAAAGAAGCAAACUGACCACACUGGGAUGCACUCAGGGGCGGACUGACAACUCAUGGGGCCCCCGGAAAAUAGGGGAUCAUGGGGCCCUUGUGUCCUUGCCCAAACUCAAAAAAGCCUAUGAAAAAGGUACCAGGGGCAUCUCAUGGGGCCCCCUACUGACCGCGGGCCCUCGGGCAGUGCCCGAGUUUCCAAAUGGUCAGUCCGCCCCUGGUACAUGCACU